GAGAGAGAGAGAGAGAGCGCAUAUGAGGAAGGGAGGGGGAUUGGAGUAAAUGCAGCUUGCACUGCUGUGCUUUGGAAUUACAGCUAUGAACAUUGUCAGGGUCUUGUAAAAGAAAUGAAAGCAAAGGAGAAAAGGACAGAGCCUCUUGAUGCUCGACGCUGAAGAGAGUGUGUGAGAAGACAGAAGGAAAAGAGGAGGCGCACUGAAGGAGCUUCACAGAAUCCUCUCUCAUCUUCAGUUCCUGAGCAGAUCGGCCUGUUGUCCCCCAUCACCGGGGUCGUCAUUGGAACUGUGUCUCAUUGAGGACAGUGUGCAGUGCUCCAAACAGGCUCUGCUCAGAAUGGCUCCACAGAGCAGGGAUUGUGUUAGCCUGAGGAGGACCACUCUCACACAGGGGUCUUAAGCAACGCAAGGCCACAAGACUCUAACGAGCUGAGGAGGAAAGUGUCAGCGUGGCGACAGAUGUGACGCUCCUCCUCUCCCCAGCGUCUUUGCGGCUCUAGUCUGUUUGCUUCUACAGACCUCGGAGCAGCCAUAACUCGACCCGCCUCCGUCCUAGAGGUGCCAUUCGCAGGAGAGAGAGGGAGUGUCUGGUGUGCCAAAGCUCAUUCCUGAACUCCUGAAGGGAGGAGCCGUGGGAAUUGGAGGGAUAGCUGGAUUGAUGAGGGUGCGGGAGAACAGAGCGUGAGCCGCUCUCCAAAUCUCCAUCCGAGUGCUGGGCUCCUUAAUCAUUUCAUCCUCUCAGAGACUUCAGCCUAACUUAUUCUGGAGGAUUUUUUCCCCUUAGACUUGAUAUAUUUCACUAUAUGUUUCUUUGCUCAAGUCAAUGCUCCCUUCAUCAAAUGUGGCAGGUGGGCCAGAAGAACGAUUCUCUUUGAAACUAAAAGCAAUAACGUGUAAGUUAGAGUGAGGCUGCCUAGGAAAGCAGGGUAAAAGUGCUGACUGUUCUUGGAGUGUUUGAGUUCAAGUGUUUAUGUGCGUGUAUGUGAGACUCAGAAGGCCUGUGCGGCAAUGGACGAGGGUUUGUGCGGAGAGCUGACUGGAAGAGGCAGCUAGACGUCGGAGAAGAACUGAAGCCGCUAUGUGUGCGCGUGAGAGUGCGUUUGUGUGCGAAUAUGUGUGCGAGAGCGUGUGAUUGUCUCUUGGAGUGCAGAAUUCGGAGAAUUGGCCAUUAUUGCCGCUCCCUCCUAUUUUUGUGUCGGAGCUGGCAGGGUCAACAUUAACAGCAGGAGAGAGAGGGACGGAUACAGCAAACAAUAAGUAACAGUGUCACCAUAUUUUUGAUGCCCAUUGGGAAUGCUUGAGCUUUGUAAAAAAAACUACUUUUUUUCUCAUCGAAAUGGAUUAUUAUAAUAAUCACAGCUCGUGAAGGGCUCUCAGAUGGAUCAUUUCGAGCUGGAAUACCUUCUCCGUUGAGACUCUCCACACUACUCCAUUUCUGUGACUUUCAACCUGUCAUCCUAGAAGACGCGUUGCGAUUCCCCGGAGGACUGCGUUCACUUGUUACCACGGCAAUCCAUGGCACCCUGUUCCUGACAAGGUCUGCUUCAUUCUGGGGUGCUAUAGGCAGCAGAAGGCAUCUCCAUGAGGAGCGGUAGAAGAUGCCGGAACUGCCAGCGCUCCUGCUGUCGAUUUACUUCCGCUUCCUGUUAGUCACCGUGGUUACCAUGCCGCCUUCUUCCCGGAGCCAGACCCCUGUUCUAUCAUCCGUACGGAUGGCGGCAAUUUUGGAUGACAGCUCUGUCUGUGGGCGUGGGGAGCGGUUAGCUUUAGCGUUAGCACGUGAGAACAUCAACAGUGUAAUGGAGGGCCCGGCUCGUGCGGAGGUCGACAUAUUUGAACUCCAGAAAGACUCUCAGUAUGAGACUACAGAUACUAUGUGCCAGAUUCUGCCUAAAGGUGUGGUCUCUGUGAUUGGCCCCGCCUCCAGUCCUGCCUCGGGCUCCAUCGUCAGUCACAUCUGUGGGGAAAAGGAGAUUCCGCAUAUCAAAAUUGGUCCGGAAGAGACUCCGCGGCUUCCUUACCUGCGCUUUGCGUCUGUGACUCUGUAUCCUAGCAACGAGGAUCUGAGCCUUGCCAUCGGAGCCAUCCUACGCUCCUUCAGCUACCCAUCGGCUAGUCUGGUCUGCGCUAAGGCCGAAUGUCUGUUGAGACUGGAAGAGCUGAUAAGGCGUUUUCUGAUCUCUCGAGAGACGCUGUCAAUCAGGAUGCUGGAUGACAACCUUGACCCCACGCCUUUACUGAAGGAGAUUCGUGAUGACAAAAUAGCCACAAUAAUUAUUGAUGCCAACGCAUCUAUUUCUUACCUUAUACUGAAAAAGGCAUCAGAGUUGGGAAUGACAUCUGCGUUUUACAAGUACAUCCUCACGACUAUGGACUUUCCUUUGCUGUGGUUGGAUGAUAUAGUGGAUGAGCAGUCAAACAUCGUGGGCUUCUCAAUGUUUAACACCACCCACCCAUUUUACCUGGAGUUUAUCAGGAGCCUAAAUCUGUCCUGGAGAGAGGGCUGUGACAUUAACCCAUACCCCGGACCAGCGCUGUCGUCGGCCCUGCUGUUUGAUGCGGUCCAUGUGGUGGUGAGUGCAGUGCAGGAACUCAACCGGAGUCAGGAGAUUGGCAUCAAACCUCUUAGCUGCACCUCCCCUCAGAUCUGGCAACACGGAACCAGCCUCAUGAACUACCUGCGUAUGGUGGAGUAUGAUGGCUUGACAGGUCGAGUUGAGUUCAACAGUAAAGGCCAGAGGACCAAUUACACCCUCCAUAUCCUGGAGAAGCACAGGGCAGGCCACAAAGAGAUUGGGAUCUGGUACUCUAAUAACACUCUGAUGAUGAACUCCACCAGUCUGGACAUCAACGUCUCUGAGACACUGGCUAACAAGAGCCUCAUCAUCACCACCAUACUGGAGAACCCAUACAUGAUGAGAAAGGUGAAUUACCAAGAGUUUGAGGGGAACGAUCAGUAUGAGGGUUUUUGUGUGGACAUGUUGAGAGAGCUAGCUGGUAUCCUCAAGUUCAAUUUCCGCAUCAAACUGGUGGACGAUGGCCUAUAUGGGGCACCUGAACCCAACGGCUCGUGGACAGGCAUGGUGGGAGAGCUGAUCAACAGGAAAGCUGAUAUGGCUGUAGCUUCUUUUACCAUAACAUCUGAGAGAGAGAAGGUCAUUGACUUCUCAAAACCAUUUAUGACCCUGGGCAUCAGUAUUCUCUACAGGGUCCAUAUAGGCAGGAAGCCAGGUUAUUUCUCCUUCCUGGAUCCCUUCUCACCGGCUGUUUGGCUCUUCAUGCUGCUGGCUUACCUUGCUGUCAGCUGUGUGCUUUUUCUUUCUGCUAGGUUGAGUCCGUAUGAAUGGUAUAACCCUCACCCGUGUCUGCGUGAGCGCAAAGACCUGCUGGAAAAUCAGUACACGCUCGGAAACAGCCUGUGGUUUCCUGUCGGGGGCUUCAUGCAGCAGGGGUCAGAGAUCAUGCCCCGAGCCCUAUCCACACGCUGUGUUAGUGGGGUUUGGUGGGCAUUCACUCUUAUAAUAAUCUCCUCAUACACAGCGAAUCUGGCUGCUUUUCUGACAGUGCAGAGAAUGGAAGUGCCAAUUGAAUCUCCCGAUGACCUGGCCGAUCAAACCAAUAUACAAUACGGCACCAUUCAUGGAGGAAGCACCAUGACCUUUUUUAUGAACUCCCGUUAUCAAACGUAUCAGCGGAUGUGGAACUACAUGUAUUCUAAGCAGCCCAGUGUCUUUGUGAAGAGCACAGAGGAGGGCAUUGCACGAGUCUUGAACUCGAAAUAUGCCUUCCUCCUUGAGAGCACCAUGAACGAGUACCACCGCAGCCUCAACUGCAACCUCACCCAGAUCGGAGGCCUGCUAGACACCAAGGGUUAUGGCAUUGGCAUGCCUCUUGGUUCUCCUUUCAGAGAUGAGAUAAGUCUGGCAGUGCUGCAGUUGCAGGAGAAUAACAGGCUGGAGAUCCUGAAGAGAAGAUGGUGGGAGGGAGGGCAGUGUCCCAAAGAGGAAGACCACCGUGCCAAAGGUCUUGGGAUGGAGAACAUUGGUGGUAUAUUUGUGGUGUUAAUCUGUGGCCUGAUUAUUGCUGUGUUUGUGGCUGUGAUGGAGUUUGUGUGGUCCACACGCCGAUCAGCUGAAACAGAAGAGGUACGGCCUCUCUCCUGCGACCGCCAAUAUCACAGUCACACUACAGUGUCCGUAUGUCAGGAGAUGUUGACAGAAUUCCGUAACGCUGUUUCCUGCAAGAAAAGUUCUCGCCUUCGCCGCCGCCGCCCCCUGUCCAGCUCUCUGGCCCUUCGGCACCCCACCCGCAUCACUUUAGGUGCCCCGCGACCCCUGCGACUUGUCAGAGAGAUGCGCCUUAGCAACGGAAAGCUCUAUAGCGGUACGGGACCCCUGACAGGAAGCUCAGGGUCAGGAGGAGGCCCCUCAGACAUGGGUCCUGGGCCCCAGCGACUCCUGGAGGACCCAUUAGGUGCCAACAGCACCCCCCCAGUGGCCCUGGGACCGCCCGCAGUGACAGUGCCUCUGCCGCGGGGCUGCACUCAUGUGCGCAUUUGCCAGGAGUGCCGGCGUAUCCAGAGUCUCCGCACAACCUCUUGUACACGAAUUCCUCCCUCCUCGGCCCCUCUGCCUCGCCUGGCUCCGCCCCCUCCUCACUCAUCCUCCAAUACAGACAGUGAAGGCGGAGGCGGGCCGAGCCCAUGCCGGAUAGGACACUCCCCACCGGCAAAAGGCUGCACUUUACCGCCACCUCAGUCUAGCAACAACACAGACCUAAUGGGAGAGCAGAAAUGAGGAAAAAAGACAAUGUCAAAAGGGGGGACAAACGUAUGACACAUUUUUGCAAUAUUUGCCCCCUUUCAAUCAUAGACGUAUGCGCUUUCCAUCUUUUCCUUGGUAAGACAGUAUUAUCCUUUUCUUUUGGAUAGCCAUGUGCCAUAUCAAGUAUUGUUUUGUACUAUUGAACGAUGUACUAUAACAGUGACCAUGUCUGGAGUAACCUUGAGAUUUAAGAUUGUCCGCCUCAGUCUGAGGAUUUAGACGUUAUUAAACUUCCCCUGCGAUUCUGAUCUUCAGGCAGCACACAGACGUCUGCUUGCAAUCGAGGCAGACUGUGGCAAAAACUCUCCUUCCCUUCCCUGACUGAAUUCUCUCGGUUACGAUAGAGGUCACACACAGGAAGUAGCACAGAGUAGUCUCAUCUGAACGUCAUUCUCUCAAUGACACUGUACAGAUCAGAGCCAGACCGCGACAGAAUGAGAGCACACACGUUAAUGGAGAACAAUGACGCUAAGUUGUUGAUUAAAGAUAUUCUAAACAGAUAUUCAUACUUUUCUGUACUAUACUUAUUUUUAAAUUCACUGUCUGUGUAAUUUAAUUCUGGGGUUGUGUUGUCUGAAUUUGAAAUAAAAAAAUAGAGAUACUUUAUUGAAAAGAUCAACUCUGAAUGAAUAUGUAUGUUAAUGGAAAUGAGGAGCUGUUUGUUCAUUAAAACAUGGACUUUUAUCUGUCUGU